UCCGGGUUUCUGCUAGCAGGCUCCUCGCAGGCUCUCGGACCCUGGAAGGAGGCUGUGUGGAUCGCGGUCGCUGAGCGAGGUGGAACUGAGCAGUGGCAUUCAUAAAGACUGCAGCUUUUCAGUGCCUCAGAAGCUGUUCAGGUUUGGGAAGGAAACCUUCAGUCUCAUGAAACAGUAUUUCAAAAACGUUCUGAAGUUUCCCUGGGAGUGAAACGCGACUAGAUCUAACUCUUGCCUGGAGAACAAAAAGGACCAAGGUGCCCACCUGGUUCUGAGAGACUGGCCAUGUCUCUGUCCCACCUGUAUCGGGACGGGGAAGGCCACCUGGAUGAUGAUGAUGACGAGCGUGAGAACUUCGAGAUCACUGACUGGGAUCUCCAGAAUGAGUUCAACCCCAAUCGGCAGCGUCACUGGCAGACCAAGGAGGAGGCCACCUAUGGGGUGUGGGCUGAGCGUGAUUCGGAUGAGGAGAGGCCGAGCUUUGGAGGAAAACGGGCCCGAGACUACUCUGCGCCUGUCAACUUCAUCAGCGCAGGACUCAAGAAAGGGGCAGCUGAAGAAGCAGACUCAGAGGACUCUGACGAUGAUGAGAAGCCUGUUAAGCAGGAGGACUUUCCGAAGGAUUUAGGACCAAAGAAGUUAAAGACGGGUGGCAAUUUUAAGCCCAGCCAGAAAGGCUUUGCAGGAGGAACCAAGUCCUUCAUGGACUUUGGCAGCUGGGAGAGACACACGAAGGGGAUUGGGCAGAAGCUGUUGCAGAAAAUGGGCUACGUCCCUGGUCGGGGCCUGGGGAAGAAUGCACAAGGUAUCAUCAACCCCAUUGAAGCCAAACAAAGAAAAGGCAAAGGAGCUGUGGGUGCCUAUGGCUCAGAGCGGACCACUCAGUCUCUGCAGGACUUCCCUGUGGCCGACUCUGAAGAGGAGGCUGAAGAGGAGUUUCAGAAGGAGCUGAGCCAGUGGAGGAAAGACCCUAGUGGGAGCAAGAAGAAGCCAAAAUACUCUUACAAGACCGUGGAGGAGCUGAAGGCCAAGGGUAGGGUCAGCAAGAAGCUCACAGCGCCUCAGAAGGAGCUGUCCCAGGUCAAGGUGAUCGACAUGACAGGCAGGGAGCAGAAGGUGUACUACAGCUACAGUCAGAUCAGCCACAAGCACAGCGUGCCUGACGAGGGAGUGCCCUUGCUGCCGCAGCUGCCUCCCACAGCUGGCAAGGAAGCCAGGGUGCCGGGCUUCGCGCUGCCGGAGCUGGAGCACAACCUGCAGCUGCUGAUUGAGCACACGGAGCAGGAGAUCAUCCAGAGCGACCGCCAGCUGCAGUACGAGCGGGACAUGGUGGUCAGCCUGUCGCACGAGCUGCAGAAGACCGCCGAGGUGCUAGCGCACGAGGAACGCGUCAUCUCCAACCUCAGCAAGGUGCUGGCCCUGGUGGAGGAGUGUGAGCGCCGCAUGCAGCCCCAUGGCGCCGACCCCCUCACGCUGGAUGAGUGUGCGCACAUCUUUGAGACGCUGCAGGACAAGUACUAUGAGGAGUACCGCCUGGCCGACCGUGCAGACCUCGCUGUGGCCAUCGUGUACCCGCUUGUGAAGGAGUACUUCAAGGACUGGCACCCCCUCGAGGAUGGCAGCUAUGGCACCCAGAUCAUAUCCAAGUGGAAGAGCCUCCUGGAGAACGACCAGCUGCUGUCUCACAGCAGCCAGGACCUGUCCUCAGACGCCUUCCACAGGCUCAUGUGGGAGGUCUGGAUGCCUUUUGUUCGGAAUGUGGUUGCCCAGUGGCAACCCAGGAACUGUGACCCGAUGGUAGACUUCCUGGACAGCUGGGCACCCAUCAUCCCGGUGUGGAUUCUGGACAAUAUCCUGGACCAGCUCAUCUUCCCUAAGCUGCAGAAGGAGGUGGACAACUGGAACCCCUUGACAGACACUGUUCCCAUCCACUCGUGGAUCCACCCAUGGCUGCCUCUCAUGCAGGCCCGCCUGGAGCCGCUCUACUCCCCUGUCCGCAGCAAGCUGUCCAGUGCGCUGCAGAAAUGGCACCCCAGUGAUGCCUCAGCCAAGCUCAUCCUGCAGCCCUGGAAAGAGGUCUUAACCCCUGGGUCCUGGGAGGCCUUCAUGCUUAGGAACAUCGUGCCCAAGCUGGGCAUGUGCCUGGGUGAGCUCGUCAUCAACCCCCACCAGCAGCAUAUGGACGCCUUCUACUGGGUGAUGGACUGGGAAGGGAUGAUCUCUGUGUCCAGCCUGGUGGGGCUGCUGGAGAAGCAUUUCUUCCCCAAGUGGCUUCAGGUGCUGUGCUCCUGGCUCAGUAACAGCCCCAAUUAUGAGGAGAUAACUAAGUGGUACCUGGGCUGGAAAUCCAUGUUCUCAGACCAGGUACUGGCACACCCUUCUGUCAAGGACAAGUUCAACGAAGCCCUUGACAUCAUGAACAGGGCUGUGUCCUCCAAUGUAGGAGCCUACAUGCAGCCAGGUGCAAGGGAGAAUAUUGCCUACCUCACCCACACGGAGCGCAGGAAGGACUUCCAGUACGAGGCAAUGCAGGAGCGCCGGGAGGCUGAGAACAUGGCACAGAGAGGCAUCGGUGUGGCUACCAGCACUGUGCCCAUGAACUUUAAGGACCUCAUUGAGACCAAGGCGGAGGAGCACAACAUCGUGUUCAUGCCCGUCAUCGGCAAGCGGCACGAGGGCAAGCAGCUCUACACCUUUGGCCGCAUUGUCAUCUACAUUGACCGGGGCGUGGUGUUCGUGCAGGGCGAGAAGACAUGGGUGCCCACCUCCCUGCAGAGCCUCAUUGACAUGGCCAAGUAGACACGGGGGCCACGCCAGGCAGGUGUGAAUAAACAGCACUUUAAACGAG